UCUGAUAUUGGCAUGAAAGAAAUGGGUAUAUCUGAAGCAGUGGUGUACUCGUUGCUGCGCAGGUGUAACAUCGAAGACGUAUCAGAAUUUUUCAACAACAUCCUGUUGACCGGCGGCAAUUGUCUGUUUGAGGGCAUGAAAGAAAGGACCACCGAAGAAAUAAGGUCGCUGGCUCCCUCUCACUGUGACGUACGAGUGACGUUGCCAUCAAAUCCAAUUUUUUACGCUUGGGGAGGAGGCGUGCUGCUGUCCAACGAUGACCUGUUUCCUAGUAUGUGCGUCACCAGAGCCGAAUAUUUAGAGAAUGGGGAAAAUAUAUGUGCUCAAAGAUUCGUCAGUUAG